GUAAUUAUUAUCAAUUAUUUUUUAUAAUUAAAAUAUUAAUAGGUGUGAACACAGGCGUAUAGCGUAUGCUAACCUGAACUAUAUAUAUAUAUAUAUAUAUAGUUGCAUGUAUUUUGACUGUUUAAAACUUCUGUAUCCGUAUUAUUGUCAAAUAACUUCAUUUUUUGUUCAUUUGACAGUUCCCGUACUAAACACGUAUAAACCUCAGAUAACACAUUUAAUAUUCUUAGACAAUGAACAAAAUUUCUCACUUAACUAUUAUUUAUAUAUUAAUUUAUUUUUAAGAUUGUUAAUUUUUUUAUAUUUUAUAACUAUUGAUGUACUAUUAGUUUAGAGAUGAAGUUCUUUUCCUGGAUAAUAUCUCGUUCGUGAGAAGAGAGAUGAGAGAGAGAGAGGGGUUAGUGAGAGAAACUUUGAGAGGGUAAGGCAGGUGGGGAUUCAUCGGGGUCACGACGUUUCUUUCUCUUGCAGGUCUGAAGCUCUCAGAUUUGAGGACGAAGGAGGCUCGGCGGGAAGGUGUUCACGGCGAACGAGGUUUGGCAGGAAGUCGGUCUCAAUCAGCCGUCAGGAGUCCGGAAAUUUGGUCUGGUACAGGUUGCAAGUGGAACAAGGUAGAAGGUGAUGGUUUAUUGUGCUAAACGAGGUCCAUAUCUCUUGGCUCCAAGAGGUCCUUCAAACAGCUGCCAUGAAAAGUUGGACGUUUCCUAUACAUUACACUAGAAGAUUUUGAGGCCGGGUCAUCCAUGUCGGAAAGUACGAGUCGCACCAUGGAGAUAUUCUACAAAUUUCCGAGCAGGUGACAAAUGGAGGAGUCUUUAAAGUGAUGAUUCCUUCCUCUGGUUCUAAAGAAGGUUGGGCAGGAUUGAUCAGAGUUUUACAAUCUUUCUACAAACUUGAACUUCAAUCAAGAUUUUGCUCGUUUCUCGACCCUGCAACUUUUCAGCUUCCACCGGCGCCCCUGCAUACGCCAUCAACCAGUCCAGGAAGAUCAUAUGCUGAAGUCGUGAGAGGAGGGGGUUUCUACGAAGCUGGAAGAAGUAGUAUCAGAGGGAGUGGUAAGAAUAGAUUCAUUGAAUUGGUGUGGAAGGAGUUCACGAGAGGAAAGAACUUCUGGGGAGAAGCUUGAUAAUCAAAUUCUCUUCUUCAGGGUCAGAGGAGUUUAAGAGCAGUAGUGGUCCAGAAUUCAGAGUCUAGGCUUCCAAGUUUUGGUCAAUUAACGAUAAUUUUGGUUUCUUGGACACAGCUGACGGCAAUUGGUUGCUUGUUUGUCCUAGUGUGUCGGAAGCCAUUAGAAUCAAAGAACUUGAUCAUUUGAAGUUUAAAGGGUUCUCUAUCAACAUCUCUUCGUGGACGAAAUUCGUUUCAUCCCAGACUUCCGACGAUAUAUGGAUCUUGGUUUUUGGAAUUCCGUUGCCUUUUAAAAGUGUUGAUUUGAUUAUGAACAUCGGGAAUUUCUGGGGCUCCUUUAUAGAAAUCAACUGGAACUCUUGGAGCCUUGAUUUUGUGUGAAUCAGAAUCAAGAAAGUUGGGAGGAUCCCUGUUUUGGCCCCUCUCCAGCUGGGUACUCAUCGUUAUACGGCGAAGAUUGUGAUCCCGCCGGCGACUCUCCACGACGAUCAUCAUUGGAAUUGCAACAAUUAUCAAACUUGGAAGUUGAAGGGUCUUUCCUCGACAAACUCAAGUCUCAACUGCCAGUGCAACAACGUUCAGGAAAUACCCAUGGCGGCUGGACAGAGUCUUGAUGUGCAUUCUCAUGUCGUUUAAGCUCUCAGGUUACUGAUAUCCAAACAGACUCGGCUUUGGGUUCGUAAAGCUGGUCCAAUUUGGGUUGGGUUUGACCCGCCUGGCAUUCCAGACUUCGUUUCUAGCCCCCCCCCCCCCCCCCCCCCCCCCCCGAGAAUUUGGCCCAACUUCAACUAAUUCCCCACAAAGAGCAGAUAAUUAACACCUUAUCCUUUUAGUAUCUCUUCGACCUCCUUUCUAAGUUCCUUCCUUGUCCAGAGUCACCCAUUCUAUUUCAAUUUUCAGUGGAACUUCAGCAACCAUUCAGCAACCAAACCUCCUUAGAAUUUUCCCUUCCCCUCCCAACCUCCUCAUCAGCAGCUUUCACCUUUCCUUUCACCCUAACACUUUAGCUGAUCAUUUUUCACUUCCUUCUCCCCCUCUGUAGAUCCCCCUGCUGCUUCCAUUCUAAGCCCCCUCUCUCCCACCUUUUCCUCUAACGCUGACCUAUCAAUUAUUCCAGUUUCGUCUUCUUUGGAUUGGUCUUCUCCUCCAUCCUCGCCCUCUUUUGUCCCAGAAACUCCUCUUGACUCCUCCUUAACUUCCCCCGAACCAACCGAUUUACCCUCACCCUCCUGCUCCUUUGUGGAUGAUCAACACUCUUGGGACCUUGAGAAUUUUACAUUUGAUUCAGCGACAUUGGUUGAAAGCACCUUGCCAGUGAGUAAUCUCUUUGAUCUAGAGCAUGAAGAAGGGCAAGUUCGAAUGCAAUUGUAUCAGAAGUUGCCAUCACAAUGCAUAGGAAGAAGAUCAAGAAUUCACGCUCGAAACUUGAGAUGGAAAGGAGACAUUUGGGUCCCAUUUCUCCCCUUCCAUCAGGACCGAGAAGAUGCAAGAGGAAUACUGGUGUGGUUUCUUCCCUGAAUCUGGAUUAAUGAACUCAUCGGUGUUUAUUUGGAAUGUUAGAGGCAUAUGUGAUUCGUACAAAAGAGGUCGAAUUGAGCAAUUAAUCAUCAGACGUAAACCUCACAUUGUCGCUCUUGUGGAAACCAAAUGGUCCUCGUGCUCUGAUUCCUUAGUGGGAAAUGUGUGUGGCAGUAGGGAUUUGGGUUGGGUUGCUAAAGAUUCUUCGGGAAGUUCUGGUGGGAUUGUUGUUUGUUGGGAUAAAAGUCGGUUCCAGAUGCUUUCCAGCAGUAUGGGAUCUUAUUACUUGGAGGUUGAAUUUUUUGAAAUUCAUUCAUCGAAGACUUGGCCGCUAAUCACAGUGUAUGGUCCGCAAGAGAGGAGGGACAAGCUGACCUUUAUUAAUGAACUGCGCAAUUACAGCCAACAACAUCAUUCCCCUCUCUGUAUUGCGGGUGAUUUCAAUUUGGUUAGAUCUCAUGAAGACUAUCAAGGUGGUAGAAGAAGUGUUGAGUUUAUGGAUAGCUUCAAUAGUUUCAUUGAGGAUAAUGAGCUACUGGAUCUUCCAAUUAGUGGAUGUCGUUUUACUUGGAGCUUAGGGGCAAACAGUAACUCUGAAUCGUGAAUUGACAGAGUGUUGAUAUCUCCUGGCUUUGAUUUGUUAUAUAUGGAUUGCAGAUUGAUUGGGUUAGAAAAAGUGGAGUCUGAUCUUGCUCCCUUGCUUCUUCAAUGGGGGUGAUAUUAGAAGAUGAACGUUUUCACUCUAGUCUGAGGACUUGGUAUACGAAUGUGAUUCACAGAAAUGGGGUUGUUUUCAGAUUGGUUAUGAGACUUAAAGACCUGAAGCAAAAUAUCAAGCGGUUGAAAAAGAAGUUUUCGGCAACAUCCACACUAGAGUUGAUAAUCUGCUUAAAGAUAUCAAUGACCUGAGCUUGGUUAAAGAAUCGCGUCCUUUGUCCGGGGCGGAAGUUGCAGCUUUAUUGCAGAAGAAUAUGGAACUAGGAAAUGCCCUACUCCUCCAGGAAAUCUGUUGGAGAGGUAUGGCUCAAAACACGAAUUUCUUCCACGGGAUGGCUAACUUCAGGAGGAAGGUGAAUUACAUAUGGAGGAUUAGAAUCAACGACACUAUGGUUGAAGAUUUUGAUGAUAUCAAUCAAGGAAUCAUUGUUUACUACAAAAAUAUGUUCAUGGAGAGUAUCCAGAGUCGUCCCUUCCCCUGCAACUAUGGUACAAAACAUUUGAGGUCUUCCGAAUCUGCCUCUCUCGAAGAACCUUUUACGGAGAAGGAAAUUCGGGAUUGCCUGGCUAACUACGAUGGUUCGAAGGCACCAAGCCCUGACGGCUUUUCUUUUAAAUUCUUCAAGAAAUGUCGGGGAAUCGUCAGACACGAUAUUCUGGAAGCUUUUAGAGAGUUCCAUGAUUCUGGUUCUCUUCCUAAUUGCGCAACUCACUCCUUCAUAUGCCUGGUGCCUAAGAAGGAUGCUACGGAAGAAAUCAAGGAUCUCCGUCCCAUUAGUCUGAUGGGAAGUGUGAAUAAACUCAUAUGCAAAGUGCUAUCUAAGAGACUUGGUCAUGUUCUCUCUUCUGUGGUGUCCGAGUUUCAGCAAGCAUCAGUACAAGGAAAGCAAAUUUCAGAAGCAGGGCUUCUCGCCAAUGAGUUAGUUGAUAGUAGAAGAACGAGCAGGAAGCCAAGCCUAAUGCUUAAGCUAGAUAUUGAAAAAGCCUUUGAUAAUGUGAAUUGGAGUUGUCUUUUCAAGGUCCUAGCGAGGCUGGGUUUUGGAGAAAGGUAGAAGAAAUGGAUUCAAAUUGAUGUUUGUUCUCCUACUCUUUCAAUCUUGGUCAAUGGAGAAUCUAAAGGUUUUUUCCCUUCUCAAAAAGGGCUUAGGUAAGGGGAUCCGUUAUCCCCAGGGCUGUUUGUUCUUGUUAUGGAUAUUCUGUCCUAUAUGUUAAACAAACUCAAGGAAGAAAGAAAGAUCAAAGGUUUCUUUAUGGAUGAAGAAGGGCGGAAGGGGGAAGUCACUCAUCUUCUAUUCGUUGAUGACACACUCAUCUUUUGCGAUAUUUCUCAUGAUCAUAUACUUCAUAUUACAGCCACUCUCGCUUGCUUUCAGGCUAUGAUGGGUUUGAAAAUCAAUAUGGAUAAAACAGUUUUAUAUACUGUAGGAGAGACUUCUGAACCUGAAUUCUUCAUUGAUAUCAUUGGUUGUAAGUGGAACUCCAACCCACAAAAGUAUCUUGGAUACCCGCUUGGGGCGAAGCUCAAUUGCAGAUCUUUCUGGGACUCAAUAGUGGAGAAUUAUCAAAAGCGACUUCAAAGAUGGAGCAAUAGACAUCUUUCAAUUGGGGGUAGGCUGGUUCUCAUCAAAUCUGUCCUUUCGAGCCUCUCCGUGUAUUACUUUUCGUUGUUCAAAGCCUCAAAAAGUGUUAUUUCUAAUCUCGAAAGAAUGCAGAGGGACUUUUUAUGGAGCGGGGCUGGUGAUAAGAAGAAAAUUCCACUUGUAUAGUGGGAAUUAUGCAAAACUCAAAAGGAUAAAGGAGGUAUGGGUAUUGUGGAUCUUGCCUCUUUCAACAGUGCUAUGUUAUGCAAGUGGAUUUGGAAAUACACAGUCAAUAGGAAAGGAUGGUAGAGGUCCCUCAUUGAAAUAAAAAACUCAGAUGGGAGGUCAUAGUGGCAAACGGGCUGCAUCACUGGGGGUCGAUCAAGUUCUGUCUGGGCCAACAUUAUGCGGGAGAGCGAACGUUUCUGGAAUUUUGCUCAUAUUGAUCCCGGGAAUGGCGCUAAUGUCUACCUUUGGUUCAACCGAUGGAAUCUUGAUCCCACUCUCGCUGACACCUUUCCACGAGUUGCCGCCAUUGCCUCAUUGCCGGAAUCCAGGAUCAGCGACGUCGUGGAUCUCUCAAGUGACAAUUUAGUUGUUAAUAUAAGCAUUAAUGUUGUUUUGAGAAGGGGGCAGAGCAAGAGAGGUUGAAUUUACUUUCGAUCCUUAAUUCUUAUGAUUAUCAUUCCAGAGCUAACAUUCCUUGCAGAGUUGUUUGGCAGCCUAAUGCAGAGGAUGGCUUCUCAGUUAAUUCCAUGUACAAGGCCUUAAUUGAGGAAAGGUUUCCUGGGGUUCCCAAUUUCCCUUCGGCUUCAGUAUGGAGGAAGAUUGUUCCUGAGAAGAUUUGUGUGUUCAUGUGGAAAGUUGCACAUAGAAGGAUUUUGACCCUUGAUAGAUUACAGAAACGCGGAUGGCUGUGAGCUUUGCUAUAAGAAGGAAGAAACCACUAAUCAUUUACUUGUUGGUUGCAGUUUUACCAAGCAAGUGUCGAAUGAUAUUCAGAAGGAUUGCAGGCAUAUAAAUCUCCGUAUUGAUGUCGAUCUCGAGUCCACUAUAAAGAACUAGCCGGUUGCUGUUCUUAACAGCAUUGAUGGUUGCGUCAGAUACUGUGCUUUUCAUGGUGUUUCUUGGUUCACUUGGCUAGAACGUAACCAAAGGAUUUUUCACAAUGCCUUGACAUCGCCGGAUCGUAUUGCUAGAAGAGUGAUGAUGAAUAUUACAAGGUGGAUUGUCGCCAAGGGUAAAGCCGAUCGUAAUACUGUUGCGGGUUGGCUUCAGACCUUUCUGUAGUAGUUUAACUAGGGUAUCGUCGACUCCGUUUUGUUCCUGUCUGUUGUUCCAUUGUCGAAGGAUGCUCCUGGGCGUGGCUUUGUGGUUGUAAGAGGCUUUUGAAGGAUGCCCUCUAGUGGCUGGCCCUGACUCUUCUUUGUUGUUCUCGACGUUUUGGCACAGGCUGGAUCUCUUUGUUUGUUUUGGUCUUGUUUGACCCUAUUUGGCCUUUUCAUUUAUUUCCUGGAGGGCUUUUGGUUUGGUUUGGCCCUGUUUGCUGGGGCAUGAGACUUGCUGGUUGUUAUUCUUUGCGGGUUCCAGUGUUUUUUUUUCUUGGUUUGUUGGAGCAGGGGCCCUCUGGUGGGUCAAGCUCGUUUUGUUUGUUGUCUGGUUUUGUUAGUCCUUUUCCUUUUCUCUUUACGGUGCACUACUUGUGCACGGCUUUGUAUCGAACUCCUGUUUCUUUUCUUUAAUUUCAUUCACCUUUAUAAAAAAAAUACACGUACGUAUUUUAUACAUAACUUACCCGAACAUAUUUUACUAACUAUAUUUCUGUAUUUAGUUAGGGUUAUUAUACGAGUGAAUCAUUAUACUCUAUACAAACCCUACGUGAGUUCAGUAAUAACACACAAGAGUUCCACCGAACUCUAGUUUAUCAGCAUGGUAUCAGAGUCUGGUUCCAAGAUCCAAAAACCCUAAACCACUUUAUUUCUUUUUGUUCCACCGCCGACCACCAUGAGCCCUCAUUUUCGCGGCUACACCAUUCCGCUUGCUUUAAUUCUUUUCUUUGUAAGCGUUCCACGGUUCAUAACAAAUCCAUAUUAGUAAUAGAGUUAUUAUAGAUAGGGAUGUACAAACACAACUGUAAACCGACCCAUCCAUGCCAACCAAACUCAAUCCAACCCGAAUUUCACGGUUCUAGAGAGGAAAUGGGUGGGUGUGGGUGUUGAUAUUGAAAAUGAAACCUGAACCCAAUGAUUCCCUGGUCGGAUAUGGGUUUGGGGUGCCGACACCCGGGAAACCCGAGAGUAUUUAUUUCCUCUAAUUUAAUCAUUUACUACCUAUACAUGCCUUUAUUUCGUAGACUUUUGCCUUAGUCCAUCUAUUAUUCUUUUGGGCUUUUUACUACUAUUUCUUAGCCCCUUCCACCUACUACUGUUUUUACGAUUGGAUGGGAAUCAUAAUAAGGCAAUUGGGCAACUUUGAAAACAACGUUGGGAGGAUGACUUUUCUUUUUCAUUUUUAUCCUUUGUUGCCUUCCUGAACUCUAGUAUAUACCUCAUUAAUAGCUCAUUACUCAAGUUUAUAAUUUAUAAUAGACUAGGGAGGUGGUAGCCUCUCUUCCUAGCGGCUCUGUGAUUGGGUAUUUGGGUUGUUAACUUUUUAUUGUAAGCUCGUCCAACUCUUUGUAAAUAUGGGCCAUUAAUCUUUAGUGGAACCGGAUAUGAUGAUAGAAAUAAAUUACUUUAUUUUCUCAAUUUUUCUUAAUUAGGUUUUAUUUUUCAUAUAAUUUGGAUUUCAAAACUUUUUUAAACAGAUUGACCGCGUUCGUUGUGAUAUGCAAAAUGAGAUCAUUUUCAUUUUUCAAUAUAUUUUAAGAAUAAAAUUGACACCAUUCUUUACCACCUUGGUAUCACUUUUGUUUUUAACUCGAAUUUAAGAAAAAAAAUUAUAAAAA